AUGGAGAGAAGUGCAUCCUCGGCAAGCAACACCAGCAACGCCGCUCACCGACAACACAAGCGUGUAGACUCGAGAAUUGCUCACGCACCCUCCACCGCCUCGUUGCUGGUCAGGAAUCUCCGUCUCUUGGACCUGGACACUCGCUCGGACUGGCCUGCCAUUACUCCAGCGAGCUUUGGAAACCAGGAUGCACGCACGCGCAUGCGAUGUGCGGAGUGGGCAUUGUUCCAGCUGUUCCGCAUCUAUGAUCCAGCCACCACUGCAGACAAGUUGCAGCCUUUCUUCCCACCUCUGGAGCCCCUGCAGAGCAUCAACCUCCGAGCUGCUCUCUACCGAUGUCUGAACGAACUGAAGAGGGAUGGCGUGCUGGGGCGGGAGACGGUACUGCGGAAAACGAUGCUGGAUGACUGUCAAGGAGACAAGUUCUUCGAAGUGUGCUUGACCUUUUCCGCCACGGUUCUGCAAAAGGCAAGAGUGGAUGGGCGGAAUGAGGCCGAAAGACCGGUGGCACAGCGAAUUGCAACCUCACAAUCGUUGGGGAAAAGGCAGCGGGAGAGCAUGUUACCGCUUGCCAUUGCCCACAAAGCUGCAUUGAGCAAAGUCUUGGCCCAGCGAGAUCACAAGCGUCAGGCAUACGCGAAUUUUGGUGACUUGCUGAGCGAGAAGCAGAGCGAUCUGGAACAGAGGAAGAUACGGAUCGCAGAACAACGACACGACCCUCGUGACAACCCUCCAAACCAGACAUUCGCGCAGGACGUGCUGGAGAAGAGAUGGGUUGGCAGUAAUGAGCUUCGAACCGCUCUCAUUGACGGCGAUUCCGCAGCUGGUGGAGACGGUGUCUUCACCAAGUCGUUUGAGGCACUCUGGCAAGCUACUGAGCAGAACCGCCUGUUCUCGCAAUGCACUGCCGAUACUGGCAUCCUCGAGGAUCUGGAGCAGCGCACUCGCCAACAACGACGUCGACUGCAAAAGUGGCAGAACUUCCACCAACGACUCAUGAUCUCGAAGAGUCCAAAAAAGUCUGACUUCGCUCCCAAGGAUAUUCCUUUGCGGUUCGAUCAGCAUCGAGGAUUGAAUCUGCGUGACAUGGCAGACGAGCCUUCCCGUCCUCCUCCACCAAGCAAAAAGUCCAAAAGUGUCACCGUCGCAAAGUACGAUGACAUAUUGACCACAAUGCGAGAGGAGUUGCGGAUGAACGCCGCCAAAUCUCAAGGCUCGCCCACGAAAGCUACUCCGCAGGCGAAGAGACCAGUGGUGAAGCGGCACAGCCUAUCUCAGGACAGCUCUGCACAUCCUCCGAGUGAACUCAACCACCAGCGCUCCCAUUCCCAAGCUGCUGCUCCUGUCCGUCCAGGCAUCCACAAACGUUUCUCCUCCCGCUCUCGAUCAUACCACCAACCCAAGGUCAUCUCACAACGCGAGAUUCUCCCUUUGAAGUCGGAAAUAUUCUCUCCUCUGGCCACUAAGCGGUUGAGCAGUGGAUCGUCUAGCUCUCCGCGGUCAGCGUCUGUCGUGUCCCACAUGGAUGACGCUUCUCCGGGUGCUCGCAUGGAUGAUAUACUGGAAGCYACGUCGCGGAGGAUACGGCAGGACAACGAACUCACUGCAGCUAUGGAGGCUUCGAUGGCAGGCGGAACCUCUUCCAAUCCAAGUCGAAGUAACUCCGGCAACAACAGUCCAACCUUUAGGAAAGUGAGCUAUGACGCGCGUGAUAGUGGCAUCGAGCUAUCCUCGAAACCUAGCGUCACUCCUGGUAGGAGCACAGCCCGACCAAAUCUAGCCGACAGAACUCGCAUGUCGAUGGCGUUCAAGAGUUCCGACGACUUUACCAGCAUUAUACCAGGAACAGAGCAGCGCAGCCCGGAGAAGCCUGAGACACCAAUGGCCACCGAAGUGCCACCCGAACUUGAGAGACGUUCUACGCUGCAGGAGAGAACUCGACAAUCAAUCAUCUCUCUUCCUAUUGUUCCACAGAAGAAACCCACCCACGCCCGAUCAAGGACAUCCGCCUUUCCCGUGAAUCAAUUUGAGACCCCACAAAAGGAACAUCGAAGGUCGACUCUCGCCUUUGCUAACGACAUCACCCCGUCACAACGUCGUGAUCUCACACCUCGGGAGGAGCUGUUUGAUCAGGAUGCAGAAUAUGCUUCGGUCUUCAAGGCGAGGCCGAAGAUUGCGCUUAGCCCGGUGCUUAGUCCUUGUGUGGAUAAUGGAGGUGAUUUGAUGGAGAGUGAAGCUUCGCCUCUUGUGGCUGUUGGGGACAGGGGCUUGUGA